AUGAAGUCCUCUCUGCUCUUAGCAGUGACUUCAAUAUGUUCUGAUGACUGGUUGAUAGCCAGGAUCAAAAGGAAACCCUUUGAUAAUGACACAGAAGUUGGAAUUGGCGACAUCCACCUGGGAAACAACUGUCUUGUGACAAAGAUACUGUCAUUCAGUUAUGAGUUUUCUUACUCUGUCACUCACUGUGGAAUCAAGAAAUUUGUAUUCCAAGGCAUUGAUGCUUUCAUACUAUCGGAGAUCAAUUACAGACCAAGACUGGAUACCACCUAUGCCUUCCCUGUAGUUUGCUUUGUAAAGAGACUUGAGUUUCCGUCUCUGGCACCCUUUGGGAUGAACGGGCAUGAAAUCAAUCUCUUGAGUGAUAGAGUUCAAGUAACAAGUGCAGCGCAACAGUUAUUUGUUCCCCCACACAGUGAGAACGAUGAACCGCGUGUUAGUGUUCUGAAGGAGCAGAUGGGUCACUGUGUUGACAAUGCCUGUACCAAGGCUUCUCCUCCCUGA